AUGGGCAGUACACGUAGAGGAGGCUACACAGAUGGGCAGUACAAGUAGGGCAGGGUAUACAGAUUGGCAGUACCAGUAAGGCAGGGUACACAGAUGGGCAGUACAGGUAGGGCAGGGUAUACAGAUGGGCAGUACCAGUAAGGGCAGGCUACACAGAUGGCGGUACCAGUAAGGCAGGCCACACAGAUGGUGCUACCAGUAAGGCAGGUUACAGAUGGCAGUACCAGUAAGGCAGGGAACAUACAUGAGCAAAUGAGCAUUAUAUGACAUAUGACAUCUAUAUAUAUUAAUUUUGGAUAGUCCUGUCUACUAGUAUGUCAUAUGUUCAAGGUAAUACGACCCCCGUUGACCAACUGAACAACAAUGGGAAAGAUGCCUCGUUAUCCACUGAUAUCAUAAAAGAGAGCAAUAGAACUUCCCUUUUACGAGCUCGAGCGCCAAGUCAUUCGGCACUGUCGCGGGAUGAUAGCAGAUCUGUAUUUGGUUUUGACCCUCACCCAUGUCACGUGACUGACACGUCACACCCAGACAGUGCGUGGUCAACGGAAGUGUCCGUCCUAAAUCUGAGCACCUAUGUUGAAAUUAUGAGGAGGACUGGUGGUUUCUCUGCACACUGUGCUGACCUUCCCCGUGGCAAGCUUGGGUCCUGUCAUGAAGCCGAAUUACCAGAAAAUGCUUUCAAAAACAGAUAUAGCAAUAUAUUACCCUAUGAUCAUUGCAGAGUCAAACUAACCCCUAUCCCCAACAUCCCUGGAUCCGACUACAUCAACGCUAGCUACAUAAACGGAUAUGGGGCGUCACAGGAGUUUGUAGCUACACAAGGACCUUAUGGAGACGUCAUACGAGACUUCUGGAGAAUGACGUGGGAAAUAGAUGCGAGUAAAAUAAUUAUGCUGACAAAUUGCGUAGAAAACAGAAAGGCUAAGUGUGAGAAGUACUGGCCCGACUUCGGCCAGCCAUGUUCCAACUACGACGAUGUCCAUGUUCAGUGUGUGGCCGAGGAGGAGAUGACGGACUACACAGUCAGGACGUUCUCUAUACACAGGGAGGCGGAGUUACCUAGGACACUGAAGCAGUACCACUUCACUGCAUGGCCAGACAAAGGAGUACCAGAGGAUGUCAGGGCGCUGGUGGACGUCUACAGACUGGCCAAGAACGCACCGUCGAUUGGAAAAGGCCCAACGGUCGUCCAUUGCAGUGCUGGCGUGGGCCGGACUGGGACGUGGAUCGCUCUGGACUAUUUGAUUGAACAAGCCAAGGCGGAAGGUGCGGUGGAUGUCUUUGCGUGCAUUGUUCAGCUCCGACAUCAGCGAAUGAAUGUAAUACAGACACAGGAUCAAUACAUAUUUCUCCAUGAGGCCCUGAUGGAGGCUCUCCAGUCAAGUGACAAGGAGGGACAAUACGACAGAAUGAGGUCCAGCUGUGUCGACAUCGGUAAUGGGGAUUGCGAAGUCUUGGAGGACAAACGCAGUUGACAAUGACGAAAUCCCACCAAUCUGCAUAACCCUGUCAUGGAUAUCUGGACACAAGCUUCAAGAGCGACAGAGUUAUGUUUAAUCCUUGCUUUACUAAAGAAUGUUACAUCAAUGUUAAUAGCAAUCAAUAGUCUAUAUAUGUUGUAUGAUGUGAUUCCUUGAAGCAAAUCAUAAUAUUAGUCGUUUUGCUGGUCUUUAUUUUCAUAGUAUUUUUCAAACAAAAGGAUGGAAUAUAUUCCCAAUCACUCCACUGUACAUUUGUUUCCCAGUUACCCCACGGUUGCUUUAUUGACCACCUCCCUAACUUUCAGUGGUCAAGACAAAUUGUGUUGUCCGAAUGUUUAUCCUAUACGUCAGCAACAGCUUGAUGUUCAGCUUCGAUAAAAAAAAAAUGUGAAUAUCGAGAGAGAACACUAUAUGACUUUAUUCUAAAUCGUAUCCUCGAUUACUCUCGUAUAAUACAGCUAACGCCCACUGAGGACGUGACUAGCCUGUUGUCAUAGACAUUUGUAUACGGGAGUCAUAUGGCAAGGGGAGUUGAGAAGAAAGAGGCUUAAGGCAAACUUAAUAUUUUAGAUU